ACGGCAUCGCGGUCCGAUCCGAGACGGCAGCGGGUGGCACAAGUGCGAGGCGCAAACCUUUUUUUUUUUCCCUCCUCCCGCGGCGUCUCUUUUGGGGGACCGUCUUACGGCAUCAAAAUGUUGAGAGAGUUGGUCAUGGAGCGACUGAUUGCGGCGGCAGACGAAAUCUUCGGACUGUUCGAAAGCACGAUCGCGUCGUACGAGGAGCAACUUUGUCGAGCUCGAGAGGAGAGCGAGCGACAUCGGCGACGACUCGAAGCUGUUCGCGACGCUCAAAUGGGGAGACGCGUCGAAGGUGCCGAGCAGUCCAUCGCUCCUCAGGUUGGAUGUUGCUCUCAGCCGCAGGGGCGGAGCUACAGUUUGGAGCAAGCGCUUCCGCAGCCCCCCCACGCGAAGGAGCGAGAGGAGGAUGCGCAGCCCUCCCACACAAAAGACGCAGAUGCCAAGCAAGCCCACGUGAAGCAGGAAAAAGAGGAGACUGACAUCAGCAAGUUUGCACCCGCCGGUGUCUCGUUGGCGAGGCAAACGUUCAAAGACGAACUGCCCGAGUGCUCGCCGCUUCAACGUGAGGGUCCGAGCGGAGAACACUUUGGAGGACCCCCACCGGACAACCUCUCGGCUCCGCCGUCAGACAGUCCUGACUUGGAAGAACCUCGGAGAAGCGACUCAGACUAUGAAGGUGAUGACAAACGGCGGAAAUGUUCUGAGGCGGACGCGACGCUGAAGAACAAAGCCUCCCCGAAACGGAUGAGAUGUCACACGCGUGAAAAAUGUUUCAGCUGUUCAAUUUGUGGCCAAAGGUUUGCUCAAAAGAGACUUCUGAUCGAGCACGAGAGUACCCACAAGGAAGAAAAACCUUUCCGUUGCUCGUUGUGCGACGACAAAUUCUCCUUUAAGUCGCAUUUGGUCAUACACAUGCGAAAACACACGGGAGAAAAACCCUUUGGUUGCUCUUUCUGCGACAAAAUGUUCUCGCACAAGGCCAAUUUGGUCACGCACAUGCGAAUACACACCGGGGAAAAGCCCUUCGGUUGCGCGGUUUGCGGUGAAAAAUUCAUUCAAAGGUCCCACAUGGUGGCGCACGGGAGAAAACACACGGGAGAAAAGUCCUUCGGUUGCUCGUUUUGCGGCAAGGCCUUCUCGCGCAAGUCGCAAAUGGUGAUCCACGUGCGAAUCCACACUGGAGAAAAACCCUUUGCCUGCUCCUUUUGCGGCAAGGCCUUCUCGCGCAAGUCCCAUUUGGUCCGACACGUGAGAACCCACACCGGAGAAAAGCCCUUCAGCUGCUCCUUCUGCGGCAAAGCCUUCAAACAAAACGCUCAUCUGCUCGCACACGAGCACAUACACAUGAGACCUUUCGUUUGCACGGCGGUCGCCUGCGGCAAAAGAUUCGCAUUGGAGAGCGCUCUGGUCAGACACUUGGCGACGCACAGGUAUUGAAAGCUUUCCCACCUCGUACGUCUGGGCCGCUGCGGCGGCGCAUGACAAACUGGGAAACGGACGACUCGGGUCUUCUUCACUCUGUGACCGAAGCCCGACUCAUCGGCGCACUCGGGACAGACGCGCAAAAGCAGUGAAGGGGGGGUUGAGGGGACACGUUGUUAUUCUUUCUCAAAAUGUUUUGCUUUGUAAAUUGGAAAUAAUGACUCUGUGUUGUGAAUUUUUUUCCUCACGCUAUCAAGUUUUCCCAAAAGUGCAAAGAAAGCUGUCUGAAGAUUUUUUUUUUUGUCAAAGAACUAAGUAAAAAUGCCAUCGUUUGAUUGUACUCUAUGUUCGCCUGUUGUCCCCAAUAAAAGGAGCACCUACGUUGACUGUAACUUGAGUGUCU